AGUUUUAGCACCUGUCCAGAGCUCUUCAUCACAUAUCCAAAGUCCUUCUAGUAUAACUUUUUGGACUUUUGACUGAAUAUUACCAAAAGAGUAACUUAAGGAUCAGUUUGGAUUCUGGAUUCGUCAAUAAUACCUUCUUCGAAGUUGCCUCUGUUGUUAAAAAAAGAAGAAGUUGCCUCUGUUUUGCGACUUUUCUCUUCUCCUUGUCAAGGUUCGACAACUUCCACUCUGGCUGCUCCUUUUAAGCUCAAAAGUCAAUUCCUCACGUUUUCAUCGUCCAAACAACCCCUCAAACAAUAUCCCCACCAUCACCAUCACCACCACCACCACCACCACCACCACCACUUCACAGUUUCAAAUCUCCAUGAAAGCCUAGUACCUCCCAGAUGUCCCCCUUCUUCUUUAUCUCUCUACAUUUACUCCUCUCUGUCUCCUCCUCUCCCACCUCCACUGCCCGCGAAAUCCCCAUCCGACGGCUGGCCGGCGAGAACACCACCGUCCCAUGCCCUCUUGAAUUCGACGACCUUCGCAGGCUCGUGCAGGGCUCGAAACGGCCCAAACUAGACACUAACACCGAGUGCCAGUACAUCCUGCAAGGUAUCCGGUUAGUCCAGUCCGAGUACCUCCGUACCACCGGCAAGUUCCUGCCACCUCUCGACUCGGCCGAGUCGUGUUGGGACUUGUACCAAACCCUAGUCGACGAAUUCAGACCCAAUUUCGAUAUUCGUCGGACCUGCGGGUUCGAGACCAGCUGGAUCGCCGAGGGUUGUAUGAACAUCACCACUCGUGCGGAAUUCGAAGCCAUUGUGACGAGAUCGACCCUGGACGACGUCGUUGCGUCGUGUAAUCAAUCCCUCGAGAACAGCUCGCCGUGCUCCUCCUGCUUCACCAGUCUGUCGACACUCCAGGCGUCGCAUUUGACCGGUCCGUCGAUCGGAAACGUCUCCGAUUGCACGGUGUUCCCUUUAAUCUACGCCGCCGCCUUCGCGAACCAGUUCGGCCCCACAGAUACAGGUACCGCCAAAUGCUUGUUUUCUCUCGAUUUUACUCCGCCCAAUUCGAAUAGUAAACGGAAAAAGAUUGUGAUUUCUGUAGUUGUGAUAGUUUGUGUUGUUGUAUUGCUUGUGGGUUUUGGUGGGUUUUGGUUUUUACGGCGAAAACACUGGAUAUUUUGGAAGAGGAGGCAGAUUGUGAGGAGUCAAACUAGUUUGGCUUCUGGGUUGGAUUCAAUUAGUGGAAGUACUAAUUUGAUUAGGUUCACAUUUGAUGAAAUUAGGCAAGCAACUAAGAAUUUCUCUAGGCACAACAUAAUUGGGAGGGGAGGGUAUGGAAAUGUAUACAAGGGUUUAUUGGCUGAUGGGACUGAAGUUGCGUUGAAGAGGUUCAAGAAUUGCUCGGCGGCUGGUGAUGAAAGUUUUACUCAUGAGGUGGAGGUUAUCGCGAGUGUUCGCCAUGUGAACCUUGUUGCUUUGAGAGGGUAUUGUACUGCUACUACUCCUUUGGAAGGCCAUCAGAGGAUAAUUGUGUGUGAAUUGAUGAAUAAUGGUAGUCUUCAUGAUCAUCUAUUUGGUAUGAGGGAGAGGAAGCUCAGUUGGCCAAUUCGUCAGAAGAUUGCUCUCGGAACAGCUCGUGGGUUGGCUUAUUUGCAUUAUGGGGCACAACCAACUAUCAUUCAUAGGGAUAUUAAAGCUAGCAACAUACUUUUGGAUGAGAGAUUUGAACCCAAGGUGGCAGAUUUUGGCCUUGCAAAGUUUACACCGGAGGGAAUGACACAUCUGAGCACCAGGGUGGCCGGGACAAUGGGUUAUGUUGCUCCUGAAUAUGCACUGUAUGGGCAGUUGACAGACAGAAGUGAUGUUUACAGCUUUGGUGUUGUAUUUCUUGAGCUUUUGAGUGGGAAGAAGGCCAUUGUUGCAGUUAAUGAGGGCCAACCGACUCUGGUGACAGAUUGGGCAUGGUCAUUGGUCAAAAAAGGAAAAACUUUAGAUGUUAUUGAACACAAUAUUCCGGAUUUGGGCCCUCCAGAAGUUAUGGAGAAGUUUGUAUUGGUUGCUGUUCUUUGUUCUCACCCCCAGCUGUAUGCUAGGCCAACAAUGGACCAGGUUGUGAAGAUACUGGAAUCGGACCUGCCAGUUCCCUCCAUCCCGGAACGACCAAUUCCUCUUAUUGCGGAUAUUGAUGAUAUUGAGAGAUCUGUGAGCAGUAGUGGCUCAGGUAUUCUGUGUUCUACUGCUGGAUACCAGACAUUUACGAUUGAGAAUGAUCGCCCUUCUAAUGUCAACUCAGAAGGGGAAUUUUCUGGGGCCAGAUAAUCUAGCGAUUCACAUGGUGGACGCGAGGAGUAUAUUCAAGUAUUUGUUAUGCUUAUCUUGAUUCAUUUGUUGGGACAAGGCUUUGUUGAGUUGAGUAUCUUGAUUCAUUAUUUUGUUGAAGGGUGACUACCAAAGUUAUAGCAUAGCACACGAAGAUCAUAGAAAGAGUGAGCACAAGUCAUAUUAUGUACAUUGUAUAGCAUUUUUUCUCAUGAAAACCGAUUCUUCUUCCACGUUUGAUGCCUUAUUGUUCCACCGACCCAGUUGAGUUGGGUGCUUGUGAUAUUGCAGACUACAUGUGAAUGUGGUCUUAGAGAGCAGAUAAGAAAUUGGAUGGUAAUGCAAGAUAUUAUGAAGGCAUAACUCUGUGCCUUGUUGGAAGGGUUAAAAUUGUUACACUCUCUCAGGUGAUGUCGGGCGAUUCUGCUCGCACUAUGGGUUGGGGAAGAUCAGUGCUUUCUGUUGCUUGGACAUAUGCCUUCUUGGUGCAGUGGAGGGGUUUCACUAACGUGUUUCAGAGGCUUCAAGUAUUUGUGCUUCUGUUGUAGGGUAGGGUAGGGUUGUAUUUGUUCUGUGUAUUUUGCCACUUUGGUGAACCACUUUUCUUUUUCUUCCUUCCUUAUUUGCCUUAACAAUGCCUUGUUACACUUUUAUGAUUAUAUGUUAAAAAGGGUGAUAAUAUUUGACACUGCAAGAAAAAUAAGUGGCAUUCAAGUGACUUCA